AUGCUCCAAGGUCUCGACAGCCGUGCCACAAACCUUGCAAAUGGGGUCACUUUGGAUUCCUUUGAGCGAAAGCUGGUCCUGAGAGCCGAUAUAUUUAAACCAACAUCUCCAAAUGAAGUUCUUGAUUUUGUUUUUAAUCUUCAUCUCUUUGUCCCAUGUGGACCCAUCAGGGCCAUUAGAUUGCACACCUUUUUCAGUGUCUGUCUGUCAGAGGGGAAAAUAGGUAUGGGGCAGAGGUUGGUAGUGCCAGCUAACCAAGGAUCAGACCAGAUAGAGUUGGACACAUGCCAAAACGAAGACGAAAAAUUGAGAGCCUGCCAAAGGCAAAUUAUCUGUUUUGAGGAAUGCGUAGUCGACCGGCACAGAGUAUGA